GGUCAGAGCCUACAGAUGUUGUGCAAGCUUGUGAUUUUAUUUCUGAUAAUCGUUUCGUGUUUUUUCCUCUGCAGAAUCUUGCACCUCGCCAUCAUUCACGAAGACGAGAAGUUUGCCCAGCAGCUCAUAGACCUCUUCCCCAAAGAGGUGCUGGAUAUUCAGAACAACUUGUACCAGAGCCCGCUGCACCUGGCCGUGUACCUGGACCAGGCGGAGGUGGUGAGGAGCCUGGUGGAGCGAGGGGCCAGUCUGGAGCUCCAGGACAGAGAGGGGAACACAGCCCUGCACGUGGCCUGUCAGCACGGCCAGACCCAGUGCGUCACCCACAUGACCCGAGACCUGACCCCCACCAAGCUGGGUCCAGUGCUGGAGAUGCACAACUGGAGAGGUCUGGCGUGUCUACACUUGGCCACUCUGUUCGGACAACACGACGUCUUAAAGCUCCUGAGGAAAAAAGGCGCAGAGCUGAACAUUCAGGAUGGCACUAGUGGAAAAACCCCCCUGCACUUGGCGGUGGAGCUCCAUGACGUUGCCCUGGUGACGAUGCUCUUGAACUGGGGCGUGAACGUGGAUGCCGCCAUGUUUAACGGCUGCACGCCCCUGCACCUGGCCGUCGGUCGCCAGGACGCCCACAUCGCCAACCUGCUGUGCCAGUCCGGGGCAGACAAGAUGCUGCGGAACAUGGAGGAUGAGACGCCGCUGGACCUGGCUGACGGCAACGAUGAUAUCCUGGCCUUGUUCCCGUUCGAUGACAUCCAGAUCUCGGGCCGCUCCGUCGUGGGCGUGAACUAUUGAACUUUGGGGAACUGCAGCUGGACGUAGCUUCACUGGUUUAACAAUAAUGCAUAGAGCUGUGGAUUUCCACUUCACAUAGUGGUUAUUAUUAUUACUGUAGCACAUAUCAAUUCAUCUAUAUUUAUCUACUACCAAUAUACAAAUACACAAACUUUUAAAAAUGAAAAUAAACCUUUUGUUUAGCUAAUUAAUUACUUCUAUGCAAUAUUAUUUCUGCCGUUGUUGGAAACGCCUGGCAGAAGAUUGGAGAUUUUCUGUAACUUUGCAUUUUGUGUUUUUCACGCAAGACACUACAUGUAAACAGCGUGCAUACAUUUUAACUUUAAAUUUUUUGUGAUUGUUUUUUAAUAAAUUACUAGUAAGGAUGUAACAAUAACCGAAUUAUCAUGAUAUCGUAUCGUCAAAGUCACAAUAAUAUCGCGGACCAUCACAAUAUAUAUAUCGAAUUACAAGUGUCUUUGUUUAAAUUAAGAGUUAUGGUGCAGCAAUAGCUCAAAAACAUAGAGGGAACUACAUAGACCAUGAUCCUUUGCUCCAUUUCAGUGUAGAAUACAUGAAGAAAUAACAGUUCUAAGCUCUUUUAAGUCUUAGGUUUUUUGGUUUAAGUUUUGUCAAGGCAUUUUAAAAGAAAGGAAAAGUAGCAACAAAACUGUUAAUAGUUUUGGUUGCCGCCACAAAAUGUUGCAGUAAAUAUCGUACUGUGAGAUGUAUACCGUGAAAAUAUCGUACCGAGAGAUUUGGAUAUCGUUACAUCCCUAAUCGUGAGCCUCCUCGCCAUAUUGUAAACUUUCCCACGAUAUCACAAUAAAUAUCGUACCAUGAGGUUCAUGCCGUGACGAUAUCGUGUGUUGAGACUUGGAUAUUGUUACACCCCUAAUCAAUACGAAAUAAAACAAAAAAUAGUCUACAUAUUCUAAUGGCAAAACUGAAAAUCCCUUUUAUAUGUAGUGUCUUGCAUUAAAGGCGCUGUACCUGAUUUUUACCGUAUUAAAAACUAAAAAGCAUCCUGACUAUUCACCACGAUGAGCACUUUUCACAACUUUCAGCAAUAAUCCUACCAUAGCUAGCAUGCUAACACACACAUCCUGAUUCUCGGACAAUAAACCGCUUCGUAAUUAGAUGCAAACAGGCAAAAGUUGGGACCUGACUCGAGUCAGACUUGAGUCACUAUUUUUAGUACUUGACACUUGACUUGAUAAAAUGGACUAAGACUUGGGACUUGACUCGGACUUGAGGCCUGUGACUUCAGAAGACUUGAGAAGCACUUUUAAAUCUGAAUUCUUUCUUUUCUGAUCAUACAGAUUCACAUUAAGAUCUUGUCAAAACAUUUGAAAAAGGGAAAAAUGUGCAUACUCUUUAUAAAUUUAAAUACUCUUUUAUAAACAUACCAUUACUUGUAAGUAUAAUUUAGUUUAAAAUUCAUACAAAUUGCAAAAAUCUAAGCUGUAUUUGGUACUUUGGUUUAAAAACUUGAAAUACUUGAAGCUCAAAGCAGACGACUUGGACUAGACUUAGACUUAUGGGCCAGUGACUCGAGACUCGACUUGGACUUGCCUGUAUUUGACUUGGGAUUUGACUUGGACUUGCAAAAUGACGACUUAUUUUGAUUUCAAGACCUGCUUUUACAAAAUAUCUGUUCGGGGGCAAGACAGUUUUGCUCAAAUACACGGAGAAAAAUCAGGUACAGCGCCUUUAAGAAAUAUAUUUUCGUAACGCCAAUAUAUGAAUCCAUUUGAUGCUGAUUAACUUUCGGUCUAAUAUUUGCCAUACAUCUUAUGGUUUUUUUGCUGCUUUGCAUUUUGAGUUUUUUUUUUUUCCAUUAUUAUUUAUCUUUUGGUGUGUAACUCAAUACACUGGCGGCUUGAUAGUUUGACAAUAGCAGGUAAUCUAUUUUUUAAUAAAAGUUUGAAAAUAUUUGCAAUUCACAA